UUGAAUUUGAAGCCAGAAGGCAGUUGUAAAGGACUGCCAGUGACUUUCCGCUUCUGGAGCUGGUGUUCGGCAUGUCUUUUCCUAAGGCGCCCCUGAAACGAUUCAAUGAUCCUUCCGGUUGUGCCCCAUCUCCGGGUGCUUAUGAUGUUAAAAUGUCAGAAGCAUUGAAAGGACCAGUAUCCUUUCAGAAAUCAGAGAGAUUUAAAAAAAAAAAAGACUCUCAACAAAAUUCUAAUGUUGACAAAGAUGCUACCUUGACUGCUUCAGCUAGAAAAGUUAAGACUUUGGAAUUAAAGAAGGAAUCUCAAAAGAAUGAUAAAGAUUUGAAGGUCCUGGAAAAAGAGAUUCGUGUUCUUGUGCAGGAACGUGGUGCUCAGAACAAGAAAAUCCGGGACCUGGAAACAGAGUUGGAUAAAUUGGAAGCCAAGCUUCAUGCCUCCGUAAGGGAAAAAACGUCACUGUCUGCAAGUAAUGCUUCCCUGGAAAAACAGCUUAUUGAAUUGACAAAGACUAAUGAACUACUAAAAUCUAAGUUUUCCGAAAAUGGUAACCAGAAGAAUUUAAAAAUUCUAAGCCUAGAGUUGAUGAAACUUAGAAACAAAAGAGAAACAAAAAUGAAGAAUAUGACAGCUAAGCAAGAAGGCAUGGAGGUGAAGCUGCAGGUCACCCAGAAGAAUCUCGAAGAGUCUCAGGAGAAAAUAGCCCAACUUGAGAAACUUGUUUCCACAGAGAAAGACAAGAUUGAUGAAAAAUCUGAAACAGAAAAACUCUUAGCAUACAUCGAAGAAAUUAGUUGUGCAUCAGACCAAGUGGAAAAAUACAAGCUAGAUAUUGCCCAGUUAGAAGAAAAUUUGAAAGAGAAGGAUGAUGAAAUUUUAACCCUUCAGCAGUCUCUUGAGGAAAACAUUGUGUUGUCUAAACAAGUCAAAGACCUGAGAGCUCUAUGUCAGCUGCUUGAAACAGAAAUAGAAGACCUUGUAAACAGGAAUAAAGAACUGGAUAAAAAUCUAAAUGCUGAGAUACAAAACUUAAAAGAGAAGUUUAUUCUUGAAAAAGAAGAAUAUGAAAAGCUUCAACAAAAAGAGUUAGAAAUUGAGUCACUUCUGCAACAAGAGAAGGAAUUAUCUUCUAGUCUUCAGCAGAAGCUAUGUUAUUUUCAAGAGGAAAUGAUUAAAGAGAAGAAUCUCUUUGAGGAAGAAUUAAAACAAACCCUGGAUGAGCUUGAUAAAUUACAGCAAAAGGAGGAACAAGCCGAAAGGCUGGUCAAGCAGUUGGACGAAGAAAGAAAAUUUAGAGCUGAAGAACUCAAACUCCUAGAAGAAAAGCUGAAAGGGAAAGAAGCUGAACUGGAAAAAAGUAAUGCUAAUGCUCAGGCCACCCUGGUUUUACAGGAAAAGUAUAAUAGCACAGUACAAAACUUUGGGGAUAUUACUGCUCAGUUUGAAAGCUACAAAGCAUUAGCAGCUGCUGAGAUAGAAAAUCUGACGCUGGAAAACUCAUCACUACUGGAAAAAGUGACCAAGGCUGAGAAAAGUGCAGAGGAGCUUCAACAUCAGAAGUUGGCAACUGAGAGUGAAAAUCAAGAAUAUGCAAGAAUGCUUCUAGACCUGCAGACCAGAUCAGCACUUAAAGAAGCAGAAGUUAAAGAAAUCACAGUUUCUUCUCUUAAAAAAAUAACUGAUUUGCAAAACCAACUUAAGGAACAAGAGGAGGACUUUAAGAAACAUCUGGAAGAUGAAGAAGCAAGAAAAUCUGGGAAAGAAAAUACAGUGGCAGAAUUAACCGAAGAAAUGAAUAAGUGGCGUCUCCUUUAUGAAGAACUGUAUAAUAAAACAAAACCUUUUCAGCUACAACUGGAUGCGUUUGAAGCAGAGAAACAGGCAUUGUUGAAUGAACAUGUUGCAGCUCAGGAACAGCUAAAUAAAAUAAGAGAUUCAUAUGCCAAAUUAUUGGGUCAUCAGAAUUUAAAGCAAAAAAUCAAGCAUGUUGUGAAGUUGAAAGACGAAAAUAGCCAACUCAAAUCGGAGGUGUCGAAACUCCACUCUCAGCUUACUAAAAGGAAACAAAGUGAGGCAAAACUUCAGGAAGAAUUGAAUAAAGUUCUGGGUAUCAAACACUUUGAUCCUUCAAAGGCUUUUCAGCAUGAAAGUAAAGAAAAUUUUGUCCUCAAAACCCCAUUAAAAGAAGGCAACACUAACUGCUGCUAAGCUCCUGUGGAGUGUCAAGAAUGAUGAAAGGAAACAUCUGAGAAACCUGUUGAAAAUUAUUUUAUUCUUGUUAUCAUUAUUAUUGAUGUUAUUAUUGCUUUUGUUCGUAUGUUUGUUGUGAGUAUUUUAUAAUAUAUUUAACUUUGACUGUCUGUCCUUAAGUAUAUGAAAGGAAAUUCAGUAUUUUUUACCAAAAUGUCUUCUGGCAUUUUAUUUUCUAUAGUAAAUAACUCCUCCUAAUGCCCACCUUCAUCACCUCAUUCUGAAUCUUUUCACUGGCUUUCCAGCUUACAACGCAUAACAUCAAAUCAGUAUUCCUGUAAAAAUCACUAUUAUUCCCCUUUUCUGAAACUUUAGUUUCAACAUUCUUUUUUUUUUUGUUUAAGACAGAGUCUC